AUGGAUAAGUCCGGAGGGCAUGACUCUACGGCGGAGAGUUAUGGCUGGUUCAGGAGGUCGUUCGGCAGGCUCCGUAUAGAUCGAAGAGCCAAUGUUGCUCAAAGGCAUACUGCUCUUAAUGACAAGCCCUUACUUGAGAGUGAAGGCUUCAAAGGACCUCUAGGUCUUCAACUGCUUCGUACCGUUUCAGAACCGCUCGUCGAUUUUAUCUUCAUCCACGGCCUUGGAGGGGGGUCUAGAAAAACAUGGUCCAAGUCACCAGACCCCUACCAUUAUUGGCCCAAAGAAUGGUUAUCUCAGGACCCCGAGUUUGACAAAGUGCGUAUAUACAGCUUUGGAUAUAAAGCUGAUUGGGCCGAAAAAACAGCCAGUAUUUUGAACAUCCAUGACUUUGCGCUGUCCUUGUUAGGAGAAAUCAAAUGCAAUCCAGACAUUCGUCGAAGCAAUACAAAAUUGGUACUUGUUGCACAUAGUAUGGGCGGGCUGGUUGCGAAAAAGGUAGACCAUUCCAUGUCUAGUUUCGUCCACUUCUGGGCUCACCAUCCCACAUGCAUAUAUCCUCGCUCGGGAAGACCCUACUCUGAAGGAGAUUGGAGCGCGAAUCCAUACAUUAUACUUUCUCGCCACGCCUCACCGGGGCUCAGAUCUUGCAACGACUCUCGCAAAUGUCCUUAG